AAUACUCACACUGCUGCUGCCUGUUGCUGAGUGGAAGAGAGCAGAAAACCCUGGAUUCAAACCUCUAUUGGGUUUUUGUUUUGCUUGUUUUCUUUUUCAUUUUGCCUUAAGAAGAUGAACAAUGAAACCACAACCCUGAUAUCCUUAAAGGAGGCAAUGAAAAGAGUAGGCCACAAACUCCAAGCAUUAGAAGCACAGUUUAAAGAACUGGACUUCACCAAGGAUAAUCUGACACAGAAAUUUGAACAUCAUAGCAAGACUCUGGCAAACCAAGCUGCCCAAGAUGAGCUGUGGACAGCAGUUCUGUCAUUCAAGUUCACUCCAAUGGAAUUGAAUAUUUUAUACAGCUACGUCAUUGAAGUACUCAUCCGCUUGCACACUCGUGUGCUUGAGAAGCUGCCAGAUCUGGUGAGAGGUCUUCCCACCUUAGCCUCCAUCCUUAGACGAAAAGUCAAGAACAAGCGCAUUAGAGUUGUAUGGGAGUCUGUUCUGGAGGAGCAUGGGAUGCAAGAAGAAGAUAUCACAGCACUGUGCACCUUCUUUGUAGCACAUGGUAACAAGGCAGAACACUACAUUGCUAAAGUAAGGCAAAUGUAUAUAAAAGAUGUCAAUUUCAUGAUCACUAAUAUGGUAAAGAACCAGGCUCUGCAGGAUGGUUUGCUAAAGGCUGUUCAGGUCAUUGAGAAGGGAAAAGCAGUGAGGGCCCCUGAAGAGCAAAAGUCAUCCCUAGAAGAGUUGAUACCAUCAGCCAAAAGCUAACCUGUUACCCUAGACCCAGAGAUUACGCUUCUAGUAAUUUAUCUUGCAAAUGGGAAAAAAUACAUACAUGCAACUUAUUACAGGGUUAUUUUUAUAGCAAAAGUGAGGAGAGUGUUAAAUUAUGAUAUACUGAUACAGUGGAUACUUUCUGUGUAGCAAUACAAGAGAAUGAAGAAGCUCUUCAUGUAAUCGUAUAGUAAUAUGCAGUUAUCACCAAGAUGUGUUGUUUUAAAAUAUUCAUUUCCAGGGCUUCCCUGGUGGCGCAGUGGUUGAGAGUCCACCUGCCGAUGCAGGGGACACGGGUUCGUGCCCCGGUCCAGGAAGAUCCCACAUGCCGCGGAGCGGCUGGGCCCAUGAGCCACGGCCGCUGAGCCUGCGCGUCCUGAGCCUGUGCUCCGCAAUGGGAGAGGCCACAACAGUGAGAGGCCUGCGUACCGCAAAAAAAAUAAAAUAAAAAAAAUAAAAUAAAAUAUUCAUUUCCAAUAUAUAUUGCUAAAUGGAAAAAACGGGCAAAAACAAACAUAUAGGCUACUAUAUCUAUAAACUUCAUAAACUUCUUCUGGAGAAAUACAUUAAAAAGUGGUAACAUUGGUUUUCUUAGGGAAGAAAACUGAGAAGCUAGGGAUCAAAUGUAGGAGGAAGUCAUUUCAAUGUUAAUCUAUUUGUACUUUUUGAAUUUUGAACCAUGUGAAUGUAUGUACUAAAAGCAAUAAAUAAAUAAAACAUCUAAUAUA